AUGGAUAUCGGUCUGGCGGUGCGGUCUCCGCUUGAUGCUCUAGAUCUACCCUCCAGAGAUGUUUCGACACUGCUGAGGUACUUGUCGUUGACCCGCGUCCAGCGGGCUGCACUGGUUCAAGCUGAGCUAGUGGAGGUCGUGGCCACGGCGCAUAGGGCCACUGCUCGGCUUGUUGAGCGUUUGAAGCUCGCGAGCACCCAAGGAAUCAAAGCAGAGUCCUUUAAUAGGGCUGUGGGUGCCAUGCAGGAGAUUCUAGAGUCCCUGAUGGAACCAGCUGCGGGUAGGGCACUUGACGAAACGGGUCGGCGGCGUCUCGAGUGGUUCCGCCAGCACGACGACUGGGGUCGGUACGUCGACCUCGCACUGUACGCUGGCGUGCACCGGCCCGCGGGCAUCCUCCUGGGAAACCCAUUGACCGACGCUGAGCAGGAGCGGCCGCUUCUGGAGCAGUUCGCACCGGUGCUCGUGUCGAGUUUGUGGCAACGCUUGGGGCCUUUUCGCACCGCGCACUACGCUGACCCCUUGCUGAUGGAUGCGCUGCUAUCUACAACGGCCUUUUUGCGUAACAGCACAGCCAGGAUCAUAUUUAGCACGAGUAACGUCUUCCAUGAGGGGGACGGAGAGCCCAACAAAGCCGCUGAAGCGGCGGAGAUGCCAUCAGCUCCCUCGUCUUUUUUUGGUAAGCAGCACGUCCACGGGAUUUCGGCGCUCAGUGCUUAUCUUGAGCAGCCAGCCGCAGCGCCUCUGGAAGUCAUCUACCAGGUGUUGUUCAGUCUGUGGCUGUUGUCUUUUUCUGUGCGGGAAAUCGGACCGGAGCCUUUCGAAAGCGGCCGAUUACCUCUACGAUUGAAUGGCGUUCUGCGUGAGCUCAAGGCUCAAAAGGCGGUGCGCUUGACGCUUGCCGUUUUACGCAACCUAUCCGAGGACGCGACACUCUGUCGAGAGAUGAUCGGUGCGGGCAUUGCAACGUAUCUGGGCACAAAUAAUGCUGCACUUCGUCGAUGGAAUGAUGAAGAACUCCAGCUCGACGUGAUGCACCUGCGAAGCCGACUAGCAGAGGAGCUUUCCUCCAUGACUUCGUUAGAGAUGUAUCUGGAGGAGCUCCUCGUCGGUUCGCUAGACUGGACACCAGCGCACCGGGAUGCAGCAUUUUGGGAGGAAAACGCAAACAAAUUUGAAGCGGAAAAUUGGAAAGUCUUGCGUCGAUUGUGUACGUUGAUCCGGGACUCGCAAGAUGCCCACACGCUCAAUAUUGCUAUGAACGAUGUUUGUGAAAUUUUGCGGGUACAACCGCGAGCGCGGCUCAUCCUCGAAACCGAGCAGAUCAAACCACGUCUGUUGGAGCUGCUCACCCAUUCUAGCAGCGACGUGAAGCGACGAGCGCUCUCUUGUCUACAGAGACUCGUACUUAGUGGGUCGCGAGCGAUCCCCAGCAUGAACUAG